AUAAGUCAUACUUGGUUUAAACUUUAUCUUUGAUUAAACAUAUUCUGCAAAUUUGUUGCUCCGCAAUUCUUCACCUUUCUCGCGAGCGGACACGAUCUUUUAUCAUUCCUGUCUAACAGCAUGGCGCCUGCCAAAGAGGAAAAGAAAGGGGACAAAGUUAAUCCAAUGAAAGAUAUCAGAAUCCAGAAGCUUUGUAUCAACAUUUGUGUUGGUGAGAGUGGUGAUAGGUUGGUUCGUGCUGGGAAAGUGUUAGAAGCACUUACUGGACAAACACCAGUCUUCUCAAAAGCUCGUUACACUGUCAGAUCAUUCUCUAUUAGGCGUAAUGAAAAGAUUGCAGUUCAUUGUACUGUUCGAGGAGCUAAGGCUGAAGAGAUAUUAGAAAAAGGUCUUAAAGUUAAAGAGUAUGAGUUAAAGAAAAGUAACUUUUCUGCAACUGGCAACUUUGGAUUUGGUAUUGCUGAGCACAUAGAUCUUGGAAUCAAAUAUGAUCCAAGUAUUGGUAUUUAUGGUAUGGACUUCUAUGUAGUUCUCGCCCGACCAGGAUAUAAUAUUGCUUACAGAAAAAAGAAGACAUCUACUGUAGGAUUUCCUCAUCGUCUCACUAAAGCUGACUCAAUGAAAUGGUUUCAACAAAAGUAUGAUGGAAUCGUGAAAUAAUACCUUGUGUACUGUAUGUGUUUAAAUAAUAAAAUCAUGAA